AAUGAAUUUGCCUGAAGAAUCAACUAUUAAUUUAGAUAGUAGAAGGCCAAGAAACAAAACUGAAACAAAAUGUAAAUCUCAGAGUCCUUAAAUAAAACCUUAGUUUACUUAAUAUUAAUUACAGCAUAAAAAAAGUAAAACAAAAGAAAGAUUGGCUUAAAAAUCUGAGCAAUUACCUAAUGUAACAAGGAAACUUAAUCCAAAAUCAAAUAGUUUUUCGAAAAAAAGGAAUCAAUUUAAACCAGCAUCUUAAGAUAAUUGUUUAAAAGUAAGAAUUUAUAAUUAAAAAAGUAUUACAUUGGAUGGGGUAACAACGAGGCAUUAGUAAAAAGAAUAAUAUCUAAAAGAUUAUAAUGGAAAGAGACAACUGACUCAAGCUCGAUGUUAGUAAAUUUCAAAUGGCAAUAAAGUGAAAGAGGAUAUAGAUAUGAAAGACUUAUUUUAAGUUAAAAUUAUAAAUAACUUGUCAAUCAUUUUGAACAUCACAAAGAAAUUUCAAAUAAAUCAUAUCUAAUAAAAAAUUUGUCAUAAUAUUGCGAGGUAAUAUUAAUAUUAACAAUAGAAACAUAAAUUAAAUGUGUUUGAUUAUACUCCAUUAACAUUUGUUAUUGAUUUUAAUGAUGAGGAUUGUGAUUACAAUAUAACUUAAUUUCUUAAAACUUAUGAAUAAUUUGCUCCAAAAAAACCUUCAUCAAAAUAAAUGUUAGAUGUAAAAAGAAGAUUAAGAGGCAACUUUUGUAAUGCCUAUUAAAGAGAACCUAUUUCAUAAUACACAAAAAUUUAAUUAAACAAUAAUUUUUUAGCAGAAGAUUCUACAUAUAUGUGGUUAUUAAAACCAACAUUUUUAAAUAGAGGAAGAGGGAUUUAAAUUUUUGAUAAUCUAGAGACUUUAGUCAAGUUGGUAUCUGAUUUUUAAGAAGGAUUAAAAGAAAAAGCAUUAAAUUCAAAAGAUGAAUCUUCAGGAGAGGAUGAAAUCCCUAAAUAAGUUCAAAGUGCUUAAAUCACCAAAAAAGACCCUAACCAAAAUAUUAAAUAAUAACCUUCUGGUUCUUGUAUUAUAAAAUCACAUUCUUUUGUUAUUUAAAAAUAUAUUGAACGGCCUGCAUUAAUAAAUAAAAGAAAAUUCGAUAUUAGAGUUUGGGGUUUAGUGACUCAUGAUUUAGAUGCUUAUUUCUUCUAAGAAGGAUAUAUUAGAACUUCAUCUGAAGAUUUUACAUACAAUAUUGAAAAUACAUUUGUUCAUUUAACAAAUAAUGCUAUAUAGAAAUAUUCUCAAAAUUAUGGUUAAUUUGAAGAUGGAAAUCAAUUAUCUUUUAAAAAUUAUUAAGAUUAUUUAAAUUCAUAAAAGAUAAAUUGUAAUGUUUAAGAUGUAUAAAUUUUUAAAUAUAUUUAGUUAAUAAAUAAAAUGAAAGAGAGAAUAUGGAUGGUAUUUAAUUCUGUACGAAAUAAAAUCAAUUUUGAAGAUAGAAAAUACUGUUUUGAAAUUUUCGGAUUUGAUUUUAUAUUAGAUGCUGAUCAAGAAGUUUGGUUAAUAGAAGUUAAUACAAAUCCAUGUAUAGAAGAAUCCAGUCCAUUAUUAAAGAUGUAUAUUCCAAGAAUGCUUGAUGAUGCAUUUAAGCUAACCCUUGAUAUUUUAUUUCCCCCUUAACAUCCUCAUAAAUAAUCACUCCCAUAGAUUUGUAUUAUUGAUAUCUCAUAUUUGCAGAUUAAUUACCUUAAAUAAAGGAAGAGCAACAUUCUGACUAUCCAGUUGUUGGCUACCCUAAUGAUGAAAAUAUGUGGAUGUUAUUGGGUUCAUUAAGUGAUAGAAAAAUUAAAAAGAAAAAAUGA